CAUUCGGUUGUAAGGGAAGCUUGGAAAAUGGCCGACUCGCUGAGACGAUUGGUGAAUAUUGGAACUUUUACAGUUCUACAGGAUAAGCUAGAAAAGUGGCUGAGUGAUUAUUAUAUCAACACCUGUGACCAGAAUGUUGCCCGAGGCUGCGAGAUCAUCGAGCUCAAUGCUAAGGUCCAGGGCCAGCUCUUCAAGCUUCUCAGCGUCUGUGCAUCCGAUGGAGGAAUGUACGGCGGCGCUAACAUCAUCAAGUCUCGUCUCCUGCCUUGGUUGGGCCAGAACUUCUUCACAUCUGGCGGCAGCGUGACUGCUGACACCAGUCUGUCUGUGCUAGCUGAAGCCUCUGCCAAGGACCGUGAGAUCAAUGACCUCCAGGACAUGUACGAGAAGUCCAUGGAUGACCUUGAGCGGGACCUCGAGUCUAUGAAGACAGAGAAUCAAGACCUCAGGGACGAGCUACAGGAAACUAGACUAGAGUUAAAUAGCAAUGUGCGAUGCCUUUCUGGCGACCGCGAUUACCUGGAUACAGAAAACAGAGACUUGAAGCGAAAACUUGCAGCUGCAGAGGAGGAGUGCAAGAAUCUGCGAAACAAAGCAGGUCUUUUAAAUGAUUAUCAGAGUGAGAUUCGGCGCUUAAGGGAUGAUAUAGCCCUCCUCACAGCUAGGCGAGACGUCUUACAGCGCGUACCCCCCAAAGAUAUUUCGUAUGAUGUCAAUGGGCUAGCUGAUGCACAGGAUGAAAUAGCCAAGUUACGAGUUAGGGCAGGCCUUGUGGAUGAUUAUGAAAGAAAAAUGCGGAAUCUGAGAGACGAAUUGUCGCUCUCCUAUGGGAAAAGGGACUACAACCUGUCUGACAGCAUGACCUCGUACCGCUACACCUCAAGAAUCACGACCCCGCUGGCCAUCGACGACCCUGUGCAGCGAGUCCGCCAGCAGAACCUGGUGGCCAGAUUCAACGACAUGUUUGCUCAGGAUCGUCUUGACGCCCUUGACACUCUCAGACGCUACUCUGACGAUCACGAGAACAACCAGAGAAUCAUCUACUGUGCUGUUUCUGAAGCCUUCAGCACAGCCAAGCUUGCCUUCCGCCAGUUCAAGAUGAAGGUGCGAGCCAACCUGGCCAAGACGCACUACGGUCCCGAGACACUAGAGGAGGCUGUGCAAGACUACAUCAACCGCAACAGCGACCUCUACGACCUGCCCGGGAUGGUGUCCGAUGUUAUCCGUGCCCUCAACCGCAAUCCCAAGAUCUUCCUGCCUCCUGAUGCCACAUUUGCCAUCGUCCAGCCCUUCAUCAGGGAAGCCUGCAAGCUGGCCUGGCAGAUGAGUGCCCUGGCCCAUCCCCUCGACAUCGCUGCCUCCACUGACGCUGAGCUCUUCGAUGACAACAAGUACCGACGCAGCUACGACUCCGAGUACACUGCCCCUCUUGUGAACCACCACAUCUGGCCUUGUCUCAUGCAGGGGAUCAAAACCCUCGUCAAGGGGGAGGCACUCACCCGUCGCGGGGCCUCACUUACUUCAUCAGGCCGCAGAAGUCGUAGCCCCACACGUUCCCUCAGCCCGACCCGUGCCCUCAGCCCAAGCUUCAGAUCACGGUCUGUGAGCCCCCUGCGUCGGAGUCGCUGCCCCAGCCCACGCCGCUGUCUCAGCCCCCUGGGUCGACGUAGCCCCACAGGUCGGUGGCUGUGAACUCAAUAGUUCUGUGUGGCACUAACUACCACAUCCAUAUUGGUCAGGGAACCAUUCAUAAAUUGUCUAUUUUCGGAUUUUUUAAGAUACCUUGAUACUCAACAUUUUGUCCUAUGCAAGUCAGUAGUAGUAGUCUUUAGUUAAUGGUUUUGAGAUAAUCAUUGUUUUCAGGUAAAUGUUUUUAGAAGUAGAAGUAAUAUUUUAACAAUAAUAUGUAUUUUUGUUUUUUUUAAUUUUCAAACUAGGCGACAUCGUAACGAACCAUUCACGACGAUACACCUAUUCUUAUAAAUGCACAAGUCGGUAAACUUCUUCAAGUCCAAGAAUAGACAAUUUAACCCUUAGUAUCACAAGACAUUUGACUAACCACCUCUUAGACAAUUGUAUACCAGUUUCCAGAUGUCUGUAUUGUAUUGAUGACUAUAUAUGAGUGAGUGUGAGAUCCAGUGUAGAUUGUUCCAGGUGUAGUAGAGUAGGUGAAGUUGUCGUACUCUGAGAAAGUACUUUGACAUCUGACUGAGCUGUUGAAAGGACACUGAUAUAUAAAUGAUGCUUCCAUUUUCUACGCUUCAAUAACGAGAAGAGAAAACGUAAACUGUGAACAUAAGAUUACAUUGUCAUAUAUUACAGAAGCCAUGUGCUGAAAUGUUUUAAGCUAAAAACUAUUUUCUGUAUUGAAGUAAUUAGUUUACAUUUAAGCUUGAUACAAGAUCUGACAGUUCUUUUAAUACAGAAAUAGAUGUAGCUAUUUCAGUAGUUCUCACAAGACGUAGGAAUAGUGCUACAGCUCUUGCUUGAUGAUGAAUUUGAUCCAUCACUAACUACUUGAAUCCAGCUCAACAGCACAUUUUUAUCUUGAAUGGCAGCCAGAUGUUGAUGAUUUUGAAAAGUGAAUGUCAAAGUCCAUUGGAUGAAUUAUGACAUAAUUUCUAGAUCUUGAUGAAUUAAAAUUAAGGAAAUUAAGGGCUAUAUGUUAUAUAUCAUAACAUACGAUAUGAUGAGUUAAAAUCUCGUUAAAAUUUUAUUGAUUACAAAAGUUGAUUGGUUUCCAUUUAACACCAGAUUUGUUUAACUCCGUAUUCAUUAAAUAUAUCCUUAAUGGUACUGGUUCAAGGAAUUUAUUUAUGAGAGUAUCUGAAGAUCUAUUUUCUUCCAUUUCAGACUACUAGCCAGUUAACUAGGACUGCCAUUGUUGUCUGUGGCACUGGUAGUAGCAUCUGUUCAAUGUCUCCACAUACUUGUAUCCCAGCUCACCUUUUUCAGAAUACAUCCGUAGUCAACUUCACACCACAAACACAAGCAAACAGAAAACUUAUUCAAAACUCCACCACCCAUCCCCAACCACAGCAUUAAACGAGAAUAUAGAAUGACUAAGUGUUGAUAUCAGUAUGUUUGCUUGUGUUUGUUCAGUAUUUGUAAGUCAUAUUAGAAAGUUCAAAAUGACCUCCUUGCGUGGUUCAUACUGAUCCGUCCAGAUCUGACUGUGAUAUGUUUGAAAUUCUUGUUGACUAAUCCCCAUGUAUUUUCUGUUUUAACCACAGGUUCUCCCACUAGACGCUCUAUCCUCCGUUCCUCAAAAGCCUUAAGAUCUCUUUCGCCAAAAUCCUUUUAGCCAUCCUGCAUGUUUAAAUCCUGCUUCUAGAGCUCUGCUAGACGUUUUUUGUAAACAGAAACUGCUUUUGUGUGAUGGUCAGAUAAUUUAUUAUGGGCCAAGUUUCAGAUCCUUUUUCGCCCUUUCAUUCUUUUGUCUUACUUUUGCUUUUGGAUCUUAGUGCUGCAAGAGUUAUCUGCCCUUGGUGAAAGGUUGUUGAGAAAUGCUGCUGUUAUUAUCCGCUUUUAGAAGUCACUAUGGAGUAAAUAUUUAUGAAUACAUAUGAAAUUGUACCUAUUUACCAUGUACACUUUUAACCCAAAUAUCAGUUUAUUACCUUUAUUACUUACAUCUGUCUCAAGUGAGAAUAUAUCCAUUAUUAAUACUGUAUUUUUAAUAUCCUGUUUGUUCUAAUGCUGUACUAACUAAAUGUUUUGAUAUGAUUAUGAUUACUUGGUAUUUGUUACACUGAUACAAUUUGACAUCCUCGAUCAGCAUUCAUGUGUGACUAUGUAUUUGGAAGUGAAUACUAUGUACUGGGGUAGAGUUUUCAUGUAGUUCUAUAGGUUUAUAUUGUAAUUAAAUGAUUGAUAUUUUGUAAGUAUUGUAAUAUUUAUACUGCAAAUUGUUCUCUCAAUGCACCUUCCUAUUUAUAACAUUGAAAUUAUUUGUAAUAAAAUCUAUAGUAAUUUA